CCCAACUCUGUAACAGAAAACACUUCAGCACCAGCACAGGGAGAAGCACUCAGCCCGGAACCCACUGAGAGAGGCAUCUCUCCUAUUCCUUCCCUCGAUGGAUUACCUCUCUGCCCUGAACCCCAGCAGCCUGCUCAGGUCAGUGUCCAGUGUGAGCUCUGAGGUUGGCCGUAGGGUCUGGACCUCAGCUCCACCGCCCCAGCGACCUUUCCGUGUCUGUGAUCAUAAGCGGACCACCCGCAAAGGCCUAACAGCUGCCACCUACCAGGAACUGCUAGACAAGGCAUCGGAGACUCUGGCGUUGAGAGGAGUGCCAACCCUGGUGCUGGAGGAGGACGGGACCACUGUGGAAAGUGAAGACUUCUUUCAGCUGUUGGAGGAUGACACAUGCCUAAUGGUGCUGGAGUUCGGGCAGAGCUGGAGCUCCCCCAGGAGUGGGGUCCUGUCAUAUGGCCUAGGCCGAGAGAAACCCAAGCACAGCAAGGACAUCGCCCGCAUCACCUUCGAUGUAUACAAGCAAAACCCUCGUGACCUGUUUGGCAGCCUGAAUGUCAAGGCCACCUUCUACGGGCUCUACUCCAUGAGUUGUGACUUCCAAGGACUUGGCCCGAAGAAAGUACUCAGGGAGCUCCUUCGCUGGACCUCCGCACUGCUGCAAGGCCUGGGCAACAUGCUACUGGGGGUUGCCUCCAGCAUCCGCCAUGUAGUGGAGGGAGUCGAGCAAUGGCAGUGGCAACGACAGCAUCAUCUCCAUCGCUACUGAGAAGGGGCUCUGGGCUUCUGCCCUAGACUCAUUCCAAGAGACACACUGAGGACUCUGACCAGGCUUGGGUACCGGUGGACAGUGCAGACUAGACAACUCAUCUGAUUUCCCCACUGUCCUGUGACCCUGUCCUGACAGGCCCCACCAGGGUGCCUAGCCUGUAUCCUUUCCUAAAGAAUGCUGUCCCUUCCUAGACAUCUUUCCAGCCUCCCACGUGCUCUAAAAGGUCACAAGUCUAUCUCCAAGCAUCUUCAUUCUACCUUGAUUAUUGCUGCAUCUAGAUUCUUUACAACUCCCCCUGUCCCUAAGCUCCCCAGUACCCAUAAGAUAGCCUUCUCUGACUUUACCAAGAUCUGUUUCUUUGUACCCACCCCCAAAAAUAACAGAAACAUUUCCAAUAAAAAUAUAAAA